AUGGAGAUGCCCCAAGACUGGAAGUUACUGGCCGACGACGAGGUAGUUAUGGUUAAUGGGGAGGUCGUCGGAAGCGAGCCAAAAGGUGGUAGUGUCGCUGUGCAUUCCCUCGCUAUCAAACCCGCGUAUCAGGGGAAGGGUGUUGGUCGGAGUCUCAUGAAUGCUUAUAUUGAGUAUAUGAAGAGUGGCGCUGUGCAUGCAGAGCAGAUUGUGAUUAUUGCUCAUGACCACUUGAUUCGAUUUUAUGAGAGCGUUGGGUUUGAGAAUCGGGGGCCGAGUGCUUGUCAAUUUGGGGAUGGAGGAUGGUUUGGAUCUGGUGUGUACUAUACGUGGGCAGAUCUAACAUUGUUCAGAUUCUGA